ACUCCCGCGGGCCCGGGUUCGAAUCCCGGCCCGGGCAGUCGGCGUGCAGCUCACCCAGCUGUUCAUCCUCCCUCUUGGGCUGGUCGAUAAAUGGGUACCUGGGGAAACCUGGGAAAGGUGUGUGCCAUGCCAUGGAGGACCUUCCCCAGCAGUGUAAUUACCAAGCCCUUGGGGCUGCACGCAUCAGGGAAAUUAAAUCCAUAGUCUCCAAGCUUGAGAACUGUGAGCAUGGCGGGCGAGCCUUCCAGAAACUGCCGCGCCACAUGCAGCGCCGUACCGUGUCCUCCAACCCACGGCGACUCCCACGCUACCUCAGAGAGAAACACAUGCGGGAGGGAGGAGACAAGGUGAAGCCAAGCCGCCGUCCAAGCAGGAAGUACCGCCGGCGGCCAGCCAAUCUUCUUCAGGAGUACAACCGACGCAGCCAAAAAAACGUUUGGCUAGAAACACACAUCUGGCAUGCCAAACGCUUCCACAUGAAGCGGCAGUGGGGCUACGCUCUCCCUGACACUGCUACCUGCAGGGGUCACCGGGCAAGUCUGCGGGCAGCCACCACAGGAUGCCUCCUUCAGGAUGUGUCUUACUUGUGCUGCAUUGAGUUGGAGGGAGCCAAAAGUACCCUCCUUCCUGGCCUGUCCAAAGUUAUGCAGCCAGAAAGUGUUGGAGUCCUCACACAGCCCCAGGUCCUGGCAGGGAGGCAGUGGAUGUCCUUCAUGUUCUUCCAGCCAGGGAGGCAGCCAUAUGGUGCAAUCACAGAGGUUGACCUACUGUUUCAUCCUCCACACCGCAACACUACGACCCAAGAGGAGAAAAUAAAACUAUGGCUAUGGACACACCCGUCAUCGUAUUCCCAGGUUAUAGACACCUUGGCUGAGAUUUUCCAGCUGGAGAAAGUUUUACCCAGCCAUAGUGACCUUAUCUUCCCAUCCUCUACAGAAAGUACUGAGCCUAAGGAAAAUGGUGAAGGAGAUUUUGAAGCAAAGGAGAUAAUGGAGUGUAAGGAAGGAUCACAUGUAGCUACUGAAUCUGUGUCUAAGAAUGAAAGUGAAGAUGUUCCAGAAGAUGAAGUGACUCAGGAUGGGAAGAGUAAACAAAAGAAAAAGAAAACACGAAAAAAUAAAGAUGUCAAUGCAGAGAAACUUAAAACACGAAAUGUUCCCAUUGAAAGGACCCCAAAAUAUGCUUCCGGUGACAAGAGCAUCACAAUGACACUACUUAAAGACACGCUCAAUAGAUUCAAGCUUCUCGGGCCCAGAUCCUACACAGUAUUGUCAGCUGCAUUCCUCCCUGCCAAUGUUGUGACGGAAGAAAAGGAAGAAAAAAUCGACUAUGAGGAGCCUUGUGGCCAGUGGUGGAAGCAAUACUUUGGAGAGGCAGAGAGGUUACUGAGUCACCAAAAGCAGGUAGCCUCAUGGGAGCAGCUGGCCUCCUGCCCACUCCUGCCUUCCCCGGUUGUCCUGCCUCUGACUGUGAGGGAUCCAAGGGUCACACUCCCCACCAAGAAGGUCCCGAUGAAGGAUAAAGAUUCAGAUGAUGGAGAGCAAGGUGACCUCCCAGAGUGGCCAGUAGACAGUCCUAUGUAUAGCAGUGACUUCAGAGACCAAGUGACACUCUCCAAGGAGCCUGAUUCUGUCCUCAACCAGCGUAGGUCACAGCUCCUAGUGCCAGGCUCCCUCAUGCCAGAGACACCACAAGAGGCACGACUCCCACUCCUGCUACUCUUGCGACCCCCGAGCUCUGACGUCCUUGGAGGAGAAUGGGAAGUGGUGGUGCCGGCCGGUUGGGGAAUGAGCGUGUUCAUGCCAUUGGUCUUACACGGGGCUGUGGUUGCUGGACAGCACGAGGCAGAAAACCUUCACCUUGAGGCCCUCACAUCCCUCCCUCCCCACCUUCUUCCAGACACGCCUGCCGGGGGCCUGUACUCCACCUGGCUUACUGCAGAAAGGCGUACAAAGUUUUUCAGUAAUCCACCUGCCUCUAGACCCAACCACAUCAAGCUUGGAGUUCAGUUUCCCUUCAACCAGCCAUGGCUUAAAUUGCUGCAGGAGUGGCACUCGGGGAUAUCAGACUUAUUUGUUCUCAGGAACUCAAGACUUAUUUCUUGUCUGUCUUCCUUGAUUGAAAAUACUAUAAGAAAAAGGAGUGAGAUGAAUGAAAGAAUUAAUGGUGGGUCAAGUACUAAAAACAUAAAUGGUAAACCAGCUGAAUCAACAAAUGACUCUCUAACCAGUAAUGGAAACACCUCUGUAUGUAGCGAGGGAGUGUACUCUGAGAAAAGGAAAGCAGAUGAUGAUCUGAGGGUUGAAACCAAAAGAGCAAAACAGGGUGACUUGCAAGGGGAGAAUAACCAGGAUGAAGUGGAAGGAGAGGGGAUGUUGAAGACUUGUAAGUUGUUUACUCAAGAAACAGAUAACACACAAGAGCUAGAAGCACUGAGUCCUGCUUGUCUUGUGAUGAUGCAGCUGGUUCUGGCCCACAAGGGUACCCUGGAGCCAUGUGCCAUGGUAUGUCUGCCUAAAGAAGAAGACCUUUUGCAGGAGAAUGAGCCACCAAGGCCUGGAAUGCCUAAAGAGGCCCCACAGGAACCCCUACACCAGGACCCCUUGCAUGACCACAGGAAAAGGAUGAGGGAAGAGCACAUCAGGAUGUUGGCCAAGAUGAGGCGAGUGCGUCGUAGGGCCCGGCAUAGGGUGGCCAAAAAAAUGGACAUUGUGUCAGCCACCCACAGCAACCAGAGUGUGAUGGAGGCCACAUCAGAAGCACUCAAGAAGGUCGAGAUAGAGAAUGAGUCAAUCAUCAGCAAGUCUUACAAAGAGGAGAUGGAGUGUUCGUGGCUAAUGAGUCCCAGUGAGCCCCUGCAGUGUUGUGCCCGCCCCAUCAUGGGCUACACCACCCACGGCACCUUCAGCCACACUCACGGGAGAGCAGCUGGCAUUGGGUGGGUGGGGCUGAAGCCUCUCCUCACCCUCAUUCAUCAGUGCAUGAAAUACAGAAGUCAGAAAAGUAGUUUUUGGGAGGCGCCAAGUAGACAAAGUGGCACUAAAUGUCUCCCUGUGUUAGUGAGAAACCCAAACAGCUCACAGUACAGGUGGGCAUGGUUGUUUGUAGCAGGAGGCUCAUGUAAAGAUGUGUCUGAGGGAUAGUUUGUGGCAGUGGCAGACUUUUACAGCUACAACUAGACAUUGAGAUUGUAGCAUUUCCAAGACCUUCCCUCCACUGCCCUUCUAUUGGGCAGGAGCUCAAAUCUAAAGGAGUCAGUUUGCAGCAUUCUAUGUUUUAUUCUUUUGUUAAUUGCCUACAGAUAGUAGGAAAUAUUGUCAGAGUCUAAAUAAAAAAAUUGGGAGCAUAUAUCAUGAAAACAUAUAUGAUGAGCAAGUGGCUGCAGCAUCCAAGUGGCGAGGCCCACCUAGAACUUUUGGUUCUGUUGCUUCUGGUUCCACAGAACUGGGCUGUUCCUUCCAGUGUCUUAAAUUUAGCAAUGGUCCUGAUGUUACAUGACCACUAGACAGACCAUAUCCUGUAUACAUAGAGGAAAACAGAAUGACUUUGGGAAGUUGAAGGUCUUGGCCACACUGAUAGCAGCAUCCUGUUAUGCCUUGCCCUUGCCUUUUCUCCUUUAAGAAUGAUAAUACUUAUCCCUUGGGAAGAGCUUUUUGUAACUGCCCUUUUUUUUCCAUUUUCAUCUAAUAUGAAAUUUCACAUAUUUGUCUGAAUUGCCUGUUAUAAGUACUUUUUUUUCCUCUGAAUGAUGCAGAAGCAUC